AUGGAACUGGGAGGGACCGGUAGGACACAACUCCACACAUCUCACACAGAAACCGGGAGAGGGAGAGAGGGCAGCUGACUCGUCCGUCCUCUGUGGGUCUCACCGGACUGAAGCGGCUGCUGAGACGUGGACGAGUGUAGGCACAGCUAUGUUGGGCGUCCUCAUCCUUGUGUCCCUCCCCUCGCUGGUGGCCCUGGUGCCUCCUCCGGUCCCCUGCAGGCACUGCUGUGAUCACCUGGAGCCAGAAGAGGGCAGCGGAGCCCAGCCUCCCACAGGACGGUUCAACCAUGUGCCAGAGGUCCGCACCUACAUCAACAUGACCAUCCUCAAAGGUGACAAAGGAGAACGUGGCGACAGAGGAACACCGGGUAAAGCUGGACAAGAAGGCCCUCCAGGCUCCAGUGGUCCCAUGGGCUCAAAAGGCACAAAGGGCCAGGCAGGUCUCCCAGGAGACCCCUGCAAAGUCCACUACUCCGCCUUCUCCGUCGGCCGCCGCAAAUCCCUCCACAGCCUGGAGUCCUACCAGGCGCUUGUGUUUGACACAGUCUUCGUCAACCUUGACGACCACUUUAACAUGUUCAAUGGGAAGUUCCUCUGCCAAGUCCCGGGGAUCUACUUCUUCAACGUCAACAUCCACACGUGGAACUUCAAAGAGACUUAUCUACACAUCAUGCACAACGAGACCGAGCAGGCCAUCGUGUACGCCCAGCCCAGCGACCGCUCCAUCAUGCAGAGUCAGAGCGUGAUGCUGCAGCUGGAGCUGAAAGACGAGGUGUGGGUCCGCCUGUACAAGAGGGAGAGGGAGAACGCAGUUUACAGUGAUGAUGUAGAUGUCUAUAUCACUUUUAAUGGAUACCUCAUCAAAGGCAGUAUAGAGGGAAACUGAAUGAGAGAGGGAAGGCAAGGCCGAGGAUGAGACUGUUGAGCUCAGUUGGAUGGAAAGCAAACAAAUUGAAGUGACAUGGCAGCAGAAUGCUUAAAAGAUUCAAAAAAAAGUUGAUUUCACCGUGGUGCUGGAAUUUAAAAUGGUUGCCCAGAGAAUGAGCAAUACCUCUUUAAAGAAGAAAUACACUGAGUACCUUCAUCAUCCUGAUAGAAAAUUGUCAGAAUUUUGAAAGCAGAUUCAUUCUCUUUAUACUGCAUACAUGUCACAACAACACGCAUGGUUUCAUUAAAGGAAUAGUCCAACAUUUUGGGAAAUAAGCUAAUUUGUUUUCUUAUACCGACUCUAACCUAGUGGAAUCGAUCUUCUCGUCUAACUCGCCAAGAAGUGUAUUUCUUAAUGCGAGUCAGUCCUAAAUGUGUAAAACUGGAUGGAUUAAAUAUAAUAAUAUUAUUUUUAGAGAUUAAGCCCAGAGGGCAAUUCAAAAAGACAUCAUCUGUUUACUUUCGGUGACAGAAAAUGCAAAUUGAAAGAUGUCUGAUAUUGAAUAUUCUCACUCUGUAAUGAAGAAACUAACCAGUGGUUUGUGUAGGCUAAUAGAACGUGGUAAGAAGACACUUGGUUUCAUUUACAAUGGGGACUGAUAUUGAGUUUUCUAUGUGGUGCUAAUACAUGGUGCUAACUGAACUUUUACUGUGUAUGGAUUUGAGUUUGAGAAACUGCAGGAAACAUAAUGUUCUCACUCAAUAAAAUGUAAAGGAAGCUGUAGGUAGGAUUGUGAAGAUCAAGGAUGUAGCCAAAGAAUUUGAACAUCGACAACUUCCCAGUCCCUCACCCCUUUCUGCUAAACGGUCUCCUAAGCCCCUCCCCCCACAAGGGAGAAUGAAUGCGUGUGCCUGAGCAGUGAUUGACACACAGUUAGAAGUCUAUAUAAAUCUUACCUACUGCAUCUUUAACGUAUUGGAUUAACUUUGAUAUUUUAAUACUAAAUUAUGUUUUACUUUUAAAGUGUACUUGAGAGUUUAUCAGAAGGUGCUUAUUCCCCCCAUUUUGCUUGUUUCUAAUCGCUUCUAUUCAGUCUGACAUGUUUACCUUUUGAUUUUAACCAAAAAUGCUAUGUAUUAAUGCAGUUAUUCCAAUUUUAUAAUACUCUUAAUUGUAGUAAUUACACUACUGUGUUUGUACAUUGUUGACACUGAUAUUAAAGUUGUGUUUCAGCCACAAAUUUAAUGCAGUUCCUCACUGUGACUCAGUAUUUGAAAUGCGCUCACUUUCGGUCAAAACUUUUAAAAUAAAACAAGCAAAACAGA